AUGUCACUACAAAUGGUAACAGUCGGUAAUAACAUAGCCUUAAUUCAACCAGGCUUCUCAUUAAUGAAUUUUGAUGGGCAAGUUUUCUUCUUUGGCCAAAAAGGCUGGCCCAAAAGGUCCUGCCCCACUGGAGUUUUCCAUUUUGAUAUAAAGCAUAACCAUCUCAAACUGAAGCCUGCAGUUUUCUCUAAGGACUCCUGUUACCUUCCUCCUCUUCGUUACCCAGCCACUUGCACAUUCAAAGGCAACUUAGAGUCUGAAAAGCAUCAGUACAUCAUCCAUGGAGGGAAAACACCAAACAAUGAACUUUCAGAUAAGAUCUAUAUCAUGUCUGUUGUUUGCAAGAACAACAAAAAAGUUACUUUUCGCUGCACAGAGAAAGACUUGGUAGGAGAUGUUCCUGAAGGCAGGUAUGGUCAUUCCAUUGAUGUGGUGUAUAGUCGCGGAAAAAGUGUGGGUGUUCUCUUUGGAGGACGGUCAUACAUACCUUCCGCCCAAAGAACCACAGAAAAAUGGAACAGUGUAGCUGACUGCCUGCCCCAUGUUUUCUUGGUGGAUUUUGAAUUUGGGUGCUCUACAUCAUACAUUCUUCCAGAACUUCAGGAUGGGCUAUCUUUUCACGUCUCCAUUGCCAGAAAUGAUACCAUUUAUAUUUUAGGAGGCCAUUCACUUGCCAAUAACAUCCGCCCUGCCAACCUAUACAGAAUAAGGGUUGAUCUCCCUCUGGGUAGCCCAGCUGUGAAUUGCACAGUCAUGCCAGGAGGAAUCUCUGUCUCCAGUGCAAUCCUGACUCAAAUAAGCAAUGAUGAAUUUGUUAUCGUUGGUGGCUAUCAGCUUGAAAAUCAAAAAAGAAUGGUCUGCAACAUCAUCUCUUUUGAGGACAACAAGAUGGAAAUUCGUGAGAUGGAAACCCCAGAUUGGACCCCAGAUAUUAAGCACAGCAAGAUAUGGUUUGGAAGCAACAUGGGAAAUGGAACUAUUUUCCUCGGCAUACCAGGAGACAAUAAACAGGUUGUUUCAGAAGCAUUCUAUUUUUAUACGUUGAAAUGUGCUGAAGACGAUGUGAAUGAAGAUCAGAAAACAUUCACGAAUAGUCAGACAUCAACAGAAGACCCAGGGGACUCCACUCCCUUUGAAGACUCAGAAGAAUUUUGUUUCAGUGCAGAAGCAAAUAGUUUUGAUGGUGAUGAUGAAUUUGACACCUAUAAUGAAGAUGAUGAGGAAGAUGAGUCUGAAACGGGCUAUUGGAUUACAUGCUGCCCUACUUGUGAUGUGGAUAUCAAUACUUGGGUACCAUUUUAUUCAACUGAGCUCAACAAACCUGCCAUGAUUUACUGCUCUCAUGGAGAUGGGCAUUGGGUCCAUGCCCAGUGUAUGGAUCUGGCAGAAAGCACACUCAUCCAUCUGUCAGAAGGAAGCAACAAAUAUUAUUGCAACGAGCAUGUGGAGAUAGCAAGAGCACUGCAAACCCCCAAAAGAGUUCUACCCUUAAAAAAGCCUCCACUGAAAUCCCUCCACAAAAAGGGUUCUGGGAAAAUUAUUACUCCUGCCAAGAAAUCCUUUCUUAGAAGGUUGUUUGAUUAG